AAUCCUUACAGUGCUUUGUAUAAAUCACGUGACCACUGACUUACCAUGCAUUCUGCAACUCGGAAUGAAUGGAGUGUGAUUAACGAAUGUUGGACGUGCCGAAACGUUAUUUUGAUCAGUAACAAGAUACAAAACAUAUUUAAUAAAUAUCAAUCAAUAUGGCUAAUCCUAAUCUCACGGAUAUGACAGAGGAGGAUGCGGCGGAUUUGCAGUUUCCAAAAGACUGCCCAUUGAGUCCAACGAACAAGUUUGCACAUGAUGUAGAAUUUGAGAUGUCAGUCCUAAAGUCAGACGAAAUCCUUACCUCAGACUCAACGUGCCACGUAUGCAGGUCGGUCCUCAUAGAACCGUACAUUCGUUGUGCCAUGUGCACCAAUAUUGAGCUAUGUCCCUCUUGUUUUGCCAAUGGCUGCGAGAUCAACGAGCACAAGAAUAAUCAUGAUUACAUGAUUAUAAAGAAUGAGUUUCCCUUGAUCGAUGAAAGUGGUUGGACUGCGAAACAAGAACUCGAAUUGCUGGAUAUUAUACAGCAAUGCGGCUUUGGAAAUUGGGUGGAUGUGGGACACAGGGUACAGGGAAAGUCUGCCGAGGAGUGCAAGACACAUUAUUUGCAGCACUACGUAGACAGCCAGACUCUGCCAGAUCUACCGAAGAUACAAGAGACUGCAGUCAGCUUGUUUGGUUGCGAACCGAUCCCAUACGCAUUCAAGUUGCAAGAUUUGGAGGAGCCUCCCAGAUUCAUCCAGGACUCAAUGAACGGUAAACUGUUGGCCGGUUACAACGCGGCCAGAUCUGACUUCCUGGUGAAUUUCGACAAUCAUGCGGAAUUGCUCGUGUGUGAUCUCGAUUUCAACGAGUUCCAGCCAAAUGACGACACAUACAAAUUAGGGCGAGCUUUGCAGGUGGCGAUAGUGCAGGCGUACAACACCAGACUAAAGCAGCGCGUGCGGAGACAAAGGAUCAUUCGCGAGCACGGACUGAUUGCGUUUCGCAGAGUUAUAUCGUGGAUACAGAGAUAUGAAAACACGAUAACGCGGCCACUCAUGGAGAGAUUAUUGAUAUUUAUGCAGCUCGUAAAUGGACUGGAGUUUGAUUUCAUCAUGGAAGGUUUACAUCGCGUCGGCGAAUUGAAAAAUCGUAUCAAUAGGCUACUUGAGUUUCGACACAACGGACUUAAACACUUCCACAGCGUGCGUAUGUUUCAAAAUUUGAGCAAGAUGAGGCAAGAACACGAGCGCGAGAGGAAACAGUACAUGAACAAUCCGGAGUAUAGCUGGCGAAGUCUGAUGCCCGACGUUACUGCCGGCAGCAAUAGUCCGAAUCCUGUGAGCACGUCGCGUAAGCCCGCACCCCCGCUGCUGGUGAAGGGCCUUCCAGGAUACGAAAAGCUAAGCACCGAAGAGAAAGAUCUCUGUUCCGUCGUUAGAGUAGUGCCUGCUAGCUAUUUAGAAUUCAAGCACAUCUUGACAGCGGAAAAUAAAAAGUGUGGUUAUCUUAGAUUAGCACAGGCUCGUAUCCUCCUGAAAAUCGACGUAAAUAAAACGCGGAAAAUAUAUGAUUUCUUAGCGGAAAAGGGAUAUAUUAAUAAACCAAUUCAAUGAUACUUAUUUUUUUUCUUUAAGUUGUUAACGUGGUAUUGUAGCAUACAAAUAAUUUAUAGAUAUAAUAUAACGUAAAAAUACUGUGAUAUCAUAAAUUAAUUUGUGCGUUAUUGUUAAAAAGAAUUUUAUAUUUUCAGAAAAAGUCGCCAAGUUUUAUACAUGUACUUAUUUAUUUCUUUUUAAAGAGAGAUCAGAAUCAAUGACUAGUUUGAAUAUUAUAUGAAUUAAUCAACCAAUUAACCAUUUAAUAAUUAAUAAUUGAAAGAAUAAUUGCAUUAAAG